UGCUAACAUAUGUACGCAGUAUAAGCAAAAUAAACGAGACACUCAUUGGAAGAAGGGACUUUGUUUACCUGGUUACCAUUACGAAGGUACUGAAUAGAAGCGAUCCGCGCGCUUGAAUAUCGCUUGUUGGUGGAAAAUCACACCGCGGCACGGACGCGCUAAGUCCAAUCCAGGGGUAAAAAAAAUCGGUCAACAACAAAAUUUGUCGAAAUCCUUUUCAUUUAGAGAAACCAGGGUAUUUAUAUGAGCCCGAGAGCCAAUUCAUCCUAACACCAAAAUGGCAACUGGUCUUACUCGCACGCUUACCUCUUCGGCUAUUCUCAGCGCCAUUGGCCUGUUUACAGUCACCACCGCAGUGAUUAAGACGACGUCUCUGUUCGGGACAUACAUCCGACCGUCUAAAUUGAAAAAAUAUGCCCAUCCGUCUAAGAAGGGAGAGGCCCCUUGGGCAUUAGUGACGGGUGCAUCCGAUGGAAUAGGCCGUGCUUAUGCUCGAGAGUUGGCCGCCAACGGGUUUAACGUGGUACUGCACGGGCGAAAUGAGAAGAAGCUCCGCAAAGUCAAGUCCGAGCUACGAGCUGCGUUCCCGAAACGGUCCUUCACAAUUUUAGUGGCCGAUGCGACGACCGUAGCUUGCGCAAACUGUUUCACGGAUGGCGAAGUGGAUGGGGAUGCUCUGGACUUUUCGGCGAUGAAGGAGGAGCUCGAUGAUCUAAACCUCACCGUGCUCGUGAAUAAUGUUGGCGGGAACCCGACCCGCCCGGCCUUCAUACCACUUAAGGACAGGGAAGAAAUUCACAUCACCGAGAACAUCAGCCUUAAUGCUCUGUUUCCGGUCCACUUGACACGUGCCCUCCUUCCGAAUUUGAUACAGAAUUCGCCAUCACUCCUGGUCAAUGUUAGUACCGUGGUUGAGCAGGGUCUACCACUCAAUACCACGUAUACUGCCAGCAAGCAGUUUCUGUCGACAUUAACACAUGCCUUGCGCAUGGAAAUGGCUCUAGAAGGCAUUGCGGACAAAGUCGAGAUAUUAGGUAUUAAGACGGGCAGAGUUACAGGUGUUGCCAAUUACAAAGAGCCACCGUCAUUCUUCGCGCCGGAUGCCAACACAUUUGCGAGAUCUUCGCUGGGGCUAGCCGGCCAUGGAAGUAGGGUGGUGAUUGGGUAUUGGACGCACGCGAUCCAAUACCUAUUGGGAACAUUGAUGCCUUCUUGGCUGGAGGACAGAGUCCUAAUACGUAUCAUGCGUUCGAAUAGGGACUGGGAGAUUAGGAAACUCAAGCAAACAUAGCGGCGACUAAAUGCAAUGUGAAUUACCGAUUCUAUUCCAAUUCCUUCCUGCAU